UGUUGCUUCCAUUUUGAUUCUUUCUCGCUGGUUCACAUUCACCUGUGUGAAAUAUGAGUUGGAUUCUAAGAUCAAAAGAUGACUGGAGUUCCAUACUAGUAGAAGAUGAAGAAUCUGAACAGCAAGUUGGACCCAUGGUUGACCAGCAGCCGAGUGAUGAAAAACCUAAACAAGAGGAGUCACCCUCUGAAAAUCAGGAUGUUACACCUGAGGAAGAGAAAUCAGAUGGAGGAGCACCUGAGGUUCAGGCUGACAUGGAAGCUGAUACCCAAGAACUGGUGAAACCAAUUUUUGGGCCUGAGGGUGGAGAUGAUCCUGAUGUCAUUGGACAUGCUUAUGGAAAUCCAGAGCCCAUCAAAAUGCCAGAAACAGGGGAAGGAAAACCACCCAUUUAAAGAAAGAUGAUCUGAAGACACACAGAUGUUUCUGAUGUUGGAUACUUCAUUGUUAAAGUUCUC